GAAAGGCAGCUAGCCUAUAUAAGCAGCCUGCGGGGCUUUCUCCGGCGCUCGGGUUGCUGUGCUGGUGUUGGGGGGUAGUGUGUGUGCGCUCGUUGGUAACCGUGCGUCUGGAACGAUGGCGGAAGGGGAUAACCGCAGCAGGAACCUGCUGGCUGUGGAGACUGUAAGUCUUGAAGAGCAGCUGCAAGGUUGGGGAGAGGUGAUGCUGAUGGCUGACAAAGUCCUUCGAUGGGAAAGAGCCUGGUUUCCACCUGCCAUCGUGGGUGUGGUUUCCCUGCUGUUCCUGAUUAUCUAUUAUCUUGAUCCAUCUGUGCUGUCCGGUGUUUCCUGCUUUGUUAUGUUUUUGUGCCUGGCUGACUACCUUGUUCCCAUUCUAGCACCAAGGAUUUUCGGCUCUAAUAAAUGGACCACUGAACAACAGCAAAGAUUUCAUGAGAUCUGCAGUAAUCUAGUAAAGACUCGACGCAGAGCUGUGGGCUGGUGGAAACGCCUCUUUUCACUAAAGGAAGAAAAGCCUAAAAUGUACUUCAUGACCAUGAUCAUUUCUCUUGCUGCCAUUGCUUGGGUGGGACAGCAAGUCCACAACCUGCUUCUCACCUACCUGAUUGUGACUUUUGUGCUGUUGCUUCCUGGACUGAACCAACAUGGCAUCAUUCUGAAGUACAUUGGAAUGGCCAAGAGGGAGAUCAACAAGCUUCUCAAGCAAAAAGAAAAGAAAAAUGAGUAGUGUGGCUGCUGCGGAGUGUGCCCUGGCCCUGGGAGCAGUUGUCCAGUGCUGUCUGGACACUGAAAUGUUACAGUGGCUCCAUUGCUUCCCUCACUCUGCCCUUGUUAGUAGAGAUUCUCACAGGCCAGGCUUUGUGCUAUGCCGAAUGCCAGGUGUAGCUGGGUACAUUCCUGUCACUAUGACUUGUUUCAUUCAAUUUUUAUUUUUGACAACUUCCUUUAAAAUACUAAAGUGGUGAACUUUACUGUUUUGUACAGUGAACUGUGACUUUGCGUAAUUGUCGAUGUUUGCUUUAGCUAUAUUCAAGGUAGUGGUUGUGGCUACAGGAAGCUGGUUCUACUGUCUGCUUCCACAGUCUGCUUAACAAACUGUCUUUGUGAGUACAGAGAUCGGGUUUACCACUUCUGAUGAAGAGACCACUUUAGAUUCAUUCCUGAUUUUCCACGGUGGGAGAAUACCCAUGGAAUAAGAAAAAAUUAAUUCCACACCCUAGUGUGUGUAAGCUCCUCAUAGGAAACAGCAGUUUGAGGGAGCGUUGCCCCUUUGUUCCUGUGGGGAAUCUGACAGGCUUUGACUGACCUCUCAUUCCCUUUGCACUGCUUCAGGUUAGUUCUAUCCCAUAAUGGCUUUUGGGCAACAAGCUUUCAGAAGAUUGUAUUUGAGGAUUUUAGCAGUUUCUUUGUUCCAGAUUUUCAGCUGACUUAAAAUGUUUGUGACUUUACUGUAAGGCCAGCCAGGGAUAAAAGUAUCCUUUUGUCCGCUGAGUAGAAAACUAGAUUAUCUAUUAAUAUUUAAGACCAGGAAAAAAAAGGAUUUAAAAGUAAGCCUAGAAAAUCUCAUUUGUUUUCAUAGUAUUGGCUAUAUUUCAGUCACUCCAGCUUUGCACUUGAGAGACGGUGUUUACUGGUGUUUGACUUUCCCUUUGACAUUUCUCAGAAAAAUGCAGGGCUACAGCUGAGAGCAGACUGCUGAUUGGUGACUCUGGUCUGCAUAGCUUUUGCAACUCCUUAAGCUUACUGUGAUCAUGUGCCCUCUCAGUAGGUAGGCUUUUAGAGCAGUUGAAAUCUGCAGAACUGAACCUCUGAGGGCCAAAAUAGGACACAUUUGGGAACAACUCCUUAACCCAUGAACUAGCUGUGUAAUAUGGUUUGUGGAUCCAUUGCACUGAUGCUGUGAAGCCUGACCCUGUCUGUAUCUGUCUCUGUUCUCUCACCUCCCAAGCACUGUAAGCGGUGGUGCCUCUUGUAGCAUGUGUAUUUUUUAAUGUUUCAUGACACCCACUUUGAUUUUACAUGUUUUCUUGUAAAUAAGCCUGCCUUCCUACCUGGAAUUUGUGUGUGUGACUAAUACAUGUUCUACCAGUUAACUACUUUGGCAGUUUUAAUCAUUUCUUCUACUUUGUUUUGUGGUAAAAGGGGAAAAAUUAAAAACCAGUUGGAACCUUUUUGUCU